AGAAGAUGCACAUCUGCAUUCGCAAAUACAAAAUACACAAGCUUAUGCUUGCAACCUAUUUGUUGGUGGAUGGAUUUUGGACUUCGGACUCACAAUACAAUGGAUAUAGUUGAGUAUGUCUAGAUGAGUGGAGAAGAGCAACUCCUAUGUUGAGGAACAAAGAGAGACACUUGUCAUCUCUUCAUUCAGAAUUGGAUGCCCUUUUCUGGUCGAUGGAAUAUGCUUCGACACAUGACAUGUCAGCACUUUGGGACGGACUGCAAGAAUGUCAUUUCAAUGAUACAAACCCCAUCAGCAGGGUCGGGUUUUUUCAACAGAAUUGGCGGAGAUAACUUCAGUACAAACAAGAUUCUAUAGGAUUUCAAGAUCAGAUAUAUACCAAGAGCAAAGAACCGGACAACAUAUUUUUUAGCCAAGAUAACACGAUCUUUUCGUAAAAACUUAGUUUUUGUUAGUUGUUCUAUUGCGGUCUGAAUUUCCAUACCACGUCUAGUUUGUGUAAUAGAAUAGUGUUUGAAAAAAAAAACAUAGUAUAUUUUUAUGGCAAUGGUUUUUUUCCUUAUCUCAGUAUCUACCAUACACAUACGAUGCGUUUGGAACUAUCAAUCUAAAUCCAUAGAGUAUACGAAUCUCCGUUGUUUCACAUCAAGAAUUCUUCACAUUAUUCACAUGCGUUUGGAUUUAUGUUUCUGUCCAAUGGCUAGGCCAUUUCACAUGUUACAAGGACCACGGUACAAUUAUAUCUGUCCAAUGUCAAAACAAACUUUAUAUAAUAACUGAAAUGUUCACAUCAUGCGCAUGUUUAUCAAGUGUACAUAAGCAACUAGUCAAAGAUUUGUCCACAUCCUAUUCGAAAAAAUUACUAUAUUCACCUUAAAGGUUGAGGACCAAUCAUUUAAAGACAUGGCUUCCUAUUUUUCUCUUUUGCGUCAUUUCUUUAUGAUCUUUAUUAAUGUUACAAAGUUCUCCAUCAUCUUUUCGUCAUAUCCGAAAUGGUAGAAGUGACCGUGAUAUCUUCGAGCACAGUUCGGCCCAAAAACAUACACAAAUCUGGUCGAACAAAGAUCCAUCUAACUCCUCAUGAUCUUGAUCUUCUUUAUCUUGUUUAUCCUCAGAGAGGUCUUCUCUUCCCUAAACCAGACCCAAACAGCCAUGUCAUCCCUCGAUUAAAGGCCGCUCUUUCCACUGCCUUAGAUAUCUAUUUUCCGUUUGCCGGUCGUCUAGUCAAGGUGAACAAUCCUGAAGACAAUACAGUGUCGUUUUACAUCAACUGCAACGGUUCUGGCGCCAAAUUCAUUCAUGCCAAAGCUGAAUCCGUCUCCGUGAACGACCUCCUUGAGUCUCACGGUUCUGUUCCUUGUUUCAUAGAUCUUUUUUUCCCAGCGAACGAUGUUGAGAGUCAUGACGCCCUAAUCUCAGAGCCCUUGCUUGCGGUGCAAGUCACCGAGAUGAAAGAUGGAGUUUUCAUCAGUUAUGGUUAUAAUCACAUGGUGGCCGAUGGCUCUUCCUUCUGGAGUUUCUUCCAUUCUUGGUCCAGGAUUUGCCAGACCGGUUCGGGUUCUAAUUUUCAGCCUCUUGUUCUCAAAGAUUGGUUCCUCGACAAGAUUGAUUACCCUAUACAUAUCCCAGUUUCAGAGAUGGAGACACCACCAAAUUGUGAAACUUCAACUAAGGAGAGAGUUUUUCACUUCACAAGGAAGAAGAUUACGUAUCUCAAAGCCAAAGCCAACGAGGAAAUUGGCUCCGUUGAUUCGAAAAUCUCUUCUCUUCAAGCUGUUGUAGCAUAUCUAUGGCUAUCAAUCAUGAGACACAGCGGUCUAAACAGAGAAGAAUUGACGCAAUGCAAAAUAGCCGCGGAUAUGAGGCGGAGGCUCGACCCUCCUCUCAAGAAAGAGUGUUUUGGGAAUGUGACAGCUCUCGCGGUUGCGACAACCAACGUGGGAGAUCUGUUGGAUCAUGGGGUAGGAUGGACUGCUUUGCAAAUAAGUAAAACGGUGAGGUCACAGACGAAUAUAAGUUACAAAACCUUUGCGGAGAAUUGGGUUAAAAAUGUGAAGAUCCCAAAAAUAGGAGUUGGAAGUAGGCUGGCUGAUCGUUCUUUGAUCGUAGCGGGCUCUCCAUGGUUUGAAGUGUAUGAUCAUGAUUUCGGUUGGGGAAAACCGAUUGCAGCUCGAGCUGGCCCGGGUAAUGGUAUUGGUGGUUUGCUCGUAAUGUUUCGUGGAGUUGAAGAAGGGAGUAUUGAUGUCCAUGCGACCUUGACGUCAUCUUUAUGGUCUGAUGUACUAAUGAACCUAUUUUCUGAAUAAAUUGAUUGGGAAAUAAA